AUGCAUCUCUCGAUUCGACGAGCAAAACAAAAUCAUACACAAAAAUUACCACAUAUUAAUAAACAUACAUUUAUGAAAUUUGUUAUAAAAUUUGUGAAACUAAUCAAUGAAAAAUCAUCAAAUGUUCAUGAAAAUCAUUGUGCUGUUCAACAAAAAGAAUUACAACAAGAAAAAAUUGUACUUGAAGAAAGACUUAAAAGUAUUGUACGUAUAUUGUUAGUUGAAAUAGGUCAAGAUAUGGUUACAGCUGAACAAAAAAUUUGUGCUCAUAAAUCUCAAACACGACGAACAGUUCAAUUAAAACGAUUAUUACCUGAAUAA